AUGUCAACUGUUUCUUUACUUUCUCUAUUUUCUCUGCUUCCAUUCCUAAUAGUAAUUAGAAUCGCUUACGAUACGCUAUGGUUUUACUGGCUAACGCCGAGACGAAUCAAGAGGACGAUGGAGAAACAAGGCGUUUGUGGACCAAAACCUCGAUUAAUCCUAGGAAACAUCCUAGACAUGGCCGCCCUUAUCUCCAAAUCAACUUCCUCCGACAUGCCUUCCAUCACCCAUGAUAUCGUCUCCCGUCUUCUUCCCCAUUACGUCGCCUGGUCCUCCAUUCACGGAAAGAGAUUCAUAUAUUGGAAUGGGACUGAGCCAAGACUAUGUAUAACGGACACGGAUAUGAUAAAAGAACUGAUGACAAAAUACAGUACAAAAGCAGGAAAAUCAUGGCAACAACAACAGGGGGCUAAACAUUUUAUUGGUCGGGGAUUACUGAUGGCCAAUGGACACCACUGGCAACACCAGCGCCACAUCGUGGCACCCGCCUUCAUUGGUGAUAAACUCAAGAGUUAUGCUGGAUACAUGGCAGAAUGCACACAACAUAUUAUAGAAUCACUUGGAAUAGAGGUCGAAUCAGGGAAAAAUGAGAUCGAGAUUGGAGCAUAUAUGACGAAAUUAACAGCCGACAUCAUAUCAAGAACAGAGUUUAACAGCAGUUAUGAGAAGGGUAAACAGAUAUUUCAGUUGCUCACUGAUCUUCAGCAUCUGGUCGCCCAAGCAAGCCGCAACCUCUGUUUACCUGGCAGCCGGUUUUUUCCAAACAAGUAUAACAGGGAGAUAAAGUCAUUGAAAAUGGAAGUGGAAAGAUUGUUAAUGGAGAUAAUACAGAGUAGAAAAGAAUGUGCAGAGGUAGGAAGAAGCCAAAGCUAUGGAGACGACAUGUUGGGGAUGUUGCUUAAUGAGAUGCAGAAGCAAACGCAAACGCAAACGCAAUCGCAAACGCGAGGAAACGGUUUCAAUUUAAAUUUGCAGAUUAUAAUGGAUGAAUGUAAGACAUUCUUCUUUGCCGGCCAUGAUACAACGGCUCUCCUCCUUACUUGGACCGUCAUGCUUUUGGCCAGUAAUCCUAAGUGGCAGGAUAAGGUCCGAGCAGAGGUCAAACAGGUCUCCAAUGGCGGACCAAUCUCCAUUGAACAUCUUUCUAAACUCUCAUUGUUACAUAUGGUAAUUAACGAGUCACUUAGGCUAUAUCCACCAGCAACAGUGUUGCCUAGAAUGGCUUUUGAAGAUCUAAAGUUGGGAGAUCUUCAUAUCCCUAAAGGCCUAUCGAUAUGGAUUCCGGUUCUAGCCAUCCACCAUAGUGAGGAACUAUGGGGAAAAGAUGUGAAUGAGUUCAACCCGGGCCGGUUCGCAUCCAAGUCCUACAUCCCUGGCCGGUUCAUCCCUUUUGCGUCGGGUCCAAGAAACUGCGUUGGUCAGUCAUUUGCCAUGAUGGAGGCCAAAAUCAUAUUGGCCAUGUUGAUUUCGCGAUUCAGCUUCACCAUAUCUGAUAAUUAUCGUCAUGCCCCGGUCGUGGUCCUCACCAUAAAACCUAAGUACGGGGUGCAAGUGUGCUUGACCCCCAUCCAUCCAUAA